AUGAAGAAGAUCACCCCCAACAAUCUGAUGGAUGACAAAAAUAAACUAGAGCUUAAGAAAUUUUGUGGUGAAGCAACAGUAGUGACCUCCUCACGCUGGCUUCAUCCAGCACUUCUCAUUCUUUCUCAGCACUCGUCAGUGCUAGCUAUUGUAACAAACAAAAUUGACAUAAGGCUGUUGAACCAAAACAUUUCUCCAAUAAACAGAGCCGAAAAUGUAAUUGGAAGGAAAAAAUCAGUUAUGUCCAGGUCCACUUAUUAUGUUGGAAUGAAGCUGUCAGGAAAAGCAAUAUGUUCAAUCUCGACAACCAUUCGUCAAUAUUUUUUGUAUGAGGUCUUAGUGACUGAGUCAGUGGACGGCAGUUGUGUUCAUCUAUCGGAAAUCUUGAACCUACGAAAUAACGAACACUUGACGAUCGUUGGAAGCUACAACACUGGUGUUGGAAAUAUAGAGAUCAUUGAAGUUAUAACAGCGAUACAAAUUACAAUGGUGAGGUGGAAUGACGUAAUGUAUCAGGCCAGUGGUUAUGAUGCGGCAGUGACAGAAGUGAAACAAAAAUCGAAACUGAAAAAACGAGCAAGCAUGAAGUACAAAGCAAAUUCGAAAAUGCAGUGCACUGAGCAGGCACCCUUCUGGUGA